CACAGAUGUUAAGUCCCAUAGUGCUCAGAGCCAUUUGAACCAUUUUGAACCAGUCGGCGGUCUGCGGAAUUAAAUGUAGGCGGCUACUGUGAGUGGCUGUGUGCCGCACCAUCACCGCGGCGCUGGCCUCCACCCGAUCGACAGCAGUUUGGACACGGCCCUCUGAACCAUGUCCGUCGUUCUGUACCACUGGCCUAUUAGCCCACCAUCGAGAACAGUUUUAGCUGUUUCUAAGGCCAUUUGGAUUGACGUCACGGUGAAACACGUCGAGCUGUAUAAGAAAGAACAGUUCAUAGAUGAGUGUUUGAAUAUCGGUGGCCACGUGAUCCCUACGUACCUGGUGUCUCGUUAUGGAAAGGAUGACUCCCUCUGUCCGAAGGAUUUGAAGAUGAGGGCACUGGUCGACCAGAGGCUAUAUUUCAACGCGACAGUACUCUUUCCUCGUAUAAAGAAUACGACCAUAAGUGUUUUACAUUAA